GCCUUCCUGCUCACGAUGUGGAAAUCUUCAAAGCCCUACUUCGGCCUCCGGGGAGGAUGGCUUACCUUCUGGAUUACAUUGGCCUGUGGUGCAGAUAUGACACUGUCUGGCUAUGAUCAAGGGGUAUUCAGUGGAGUUGUCAUUUCACAGGACUUUCUUUGGCGUCAUGACCUUGAAGGACCUACCAAGACAACACUCCUCGGCACUGUGACUGCUAUUUACGACGUGGGUUGUUGUCUUGGUUCCUUGCUUGCCUACUCCGUCGGAGAGCGACUUGGUCGAAGGAACACGGUUCUGCUUGGCACAAUUGUUAUGACAAUUGGUGCUAUCCUGCAGGCCUCUUCUUACAGUCUGGGCCAAAUGAUGUCAGGCCGCGUUGUGGCUGGGAUCGGAAAUGGUCUUAACACCUCAACAGCGCCCAUUUGGCAGGUUGAAACCUCCAAGGUCCAAUGGCGAGGGAAACUGGUCAUCCUUGAGAAUUGCCUUCUCCUGGUCGGCUUUUCCCUUGCAAAUUGGCUAAAUUAUGGUCUCUCCUUUGCUAAUGGUCCGGUUUCGUGGCGCUUCCCCUUGUCCUUCCAGAUGAUCUUCAACAUCAUGAUCUUUUGCACGGUGCCAUGGCUUCCUGAGUCCCCUCGAUGGCUCAUUGCUCACGAUCGUUCGGACGAGGCUCUCCAGAUCAUCGCCGAUCUCGAGGGACUACAAACUACCGACGCCUUUGUUCAGCUUCAGCUCAGCGAGAUACAAUACAGUGUGGAGUACGAGAGAUCCAAUAGCGUCGGUUUCGGUGACAUUAUCCGUGGUCGAGCUCGAGAGAAAUCAGGAACCAACACAAUCCGUCGUCUCGUGCUGGGCAUGGGAGCGCAGGCAUUCCAGCAGUUUACCGGAAUCAAUGUGACAUCUUACUAUCUCCCGACCGUUCUCAGCUCAUCAGUCGGGCUAAGUGAAUCACUGGCAAGGCUACUCACAGCAUGCAACAGUGUCCAAUACCUUUGCUUUUCCUUGAUCGGCAUCCCCAACGUGGAGCGAUGGGGCCGUCGUAGAUUGAUGAUGUUCGGCUGCGCAGGGAUGUGCUUCUGCUACAUCUUCAUCACGGCGCUCAUAAGAUACAAUGAGAUGUCUGGAUAUCCUCAUCGAGAGCAAGUGGCAUCCGCAUCAGUGGCAUUCUUCUUCCUGUAUUACGUUUUCUUCGGCAUUGGCAUGCAGGGUGUACCGUGGCUUUAUCCUACCGAAAUCAACUCACUCACAAUGCGAACAAAGGGAGCAGCGUUGGGAGCCGCAACAAAUUGGAUCAUGAAUUUCAUGGUUGUCGAAAUCACACCAAUUGGCAUCCAAAACCUUGGCUGGAAGUUUUACAUCAUCUGGGUUGUGCUGAAUGCUUCAAUCAUACCGACUGUAUAUCUGUUCUACCCAGAGACUGCUGGUCGGACUUUGGAAGACAUGGAUGACUACUAUCGUGGCAGUCCGCCUCUUCUGGCAUGCCUCGACAAGGAAGCAAUCUCUAGUAAGCGUCCUGAGAAGUAUCAAGCUCGAGACAAGCAUGUCAUGCAUGCCAAAGGAGACGAAGCAGCGGAGCACGUUGAAAGUGUGACGUGA